UUCCCAUCUCACCUCACCUCCCCCUCCCAUCUCUGGCUACAGACGCAGAGAGUUAUGCAGUCCUUCCGUGAGCGCAGCGGUGGUUACCACAGCAACCAACCCUGCUACCAGCAGGAACCCCAUGAAUUAUCCCGCCUGGAGACCUACCGGCAACACCCGCAUCACCCCCACCCCCAGCACCCGCACCCAGGCCCCGGCCCACAUCCAGGCCCGGGCCCAGGGCACACCAGGUCAGGCUAUGAGGCUCAUUCACUGGCAAACACUACGAGCAUGCCUCCAGGAGGAGGGCCGGGAACUGGAGGACCCAAGGACUGUUACAGCCAGCAAGCCUACCCUGGAUAUCCAGGCAAUGGUGGAGGGAAUGGGAGUGGAAAUGGGGGCUCAGCAUCCUCACAGGCAAAGAAAUCCUACAGAGGAAGCAAAGUACCCCCACCAAGUCAGCACCUACAGGGUCCUGGGGGCUAUAGUAACCACAUGGGCCCGGGGAGUUACUCAGCUCAGUAUAUGAGUGAGGGCCACCUCCAGCAGAAAUGGGAGGACUCAGCCCAGUUAGCACAGUAUGACCAGGAGAUGGUGGGGCGUAUGGAGGCUGGCAGUACCCCUGCACCUGGCUCCUCCCAGUAUAUGGACCAGAACAUGCUAGGCCACUCCCAGACUCAGUGCCACCAGCCCUCCACACCUGCCUAUACUAGCCCACACCACCAACCCCACCCUUCCAACCCUACUCCUUCUCCUCUCAUGUACCCCCAGAGUCACCUGCACUACCCCCAGCACUCGCCCUCUCCUUCGCCAUACAUGGAAAAGUGCAGCCCUAUGCCCCAUUGCUACAAAGGUUACAACAUACCCCCCAAUUCCCAGUAUGGCAGACAAAUGAGCAGUCACAGCAAUCUGAAACAGGGAGGUUACAGGUCAACCCAGAACAGCUAUGGCUACCAGCAGCCUCCCUCCCGAGGUUACGAGCAGCAGCCCCCUUUACAGGCCAUGACCAACCCCCAGGAGCCCCACCCUAAAUAUCAACACUACAGCCAACCCCAACAAAACUACUGCCUCUCUGAGCUGUCCGUCAGAUCCCCAGAACAGUAUUAUCAGACUUGUAGCCCCUCCUCAAGCCACUCCCCUGCACGGUCUGUAGGACGCUCCCCUUCAUACAGCUCCACCCCAUCACCACUAAUGACCAAUCCAGAGUCAUUCCAGUACGGCCAACCUCCCAUGACCCCUGGGGCUGCCUCCUCCUCUUCAUCCUCUUCAGCUGGUAUGCAGGAGCAAGCAAGUACCAACACCAUGUUGAUGCCCCCGCGCUCACAUCCUUCACCCAAUGUGUCCCAUGCAGCCCCCCACAGCUAUACUACCACACCACAGGUCCCCACCAUGAAAGAACGCUUCUCGGAGAAGCUGUUGUCGAAUCCUAGCUUGUGGAGCCUGAACGCCCUCACCUCUCAGGUAGAGAACAUCUCUAAUAAUGUCCAGCAGCUGCUGCUGUCGGAGGCCCUGGUGGCCGGCAAGAAAGGCGGUAAGCGCAGCAGUGGUGGGAGCAACAGCAGUGUGGGAAGUGGAGCAUCUGCCAAAAAGGGUGAGGAGUACAAAAGUCCUCCAUAUCCAGAUGGUGGUAGUGUUGGUGGAGGCCCCAUACAAGAUCCGUACUCCACCCCACAGCACCAGCCAAUGCCCAUGGAGCUGCACGAGGGAGGCUACUCCAGCAGCAGUGAUGAGCCACUGGAGAGGGGCUACUACUACUGUGGCCAGGGCAGAAGUCCAGCACAGGCCCCCAAUAACACACAACUCAGCCUAGACACAGCCUCUUCAUGCUCCAUGACAUCUCCAGAUGACAUGUCAACAAGGUCUGGGGACUCAGGUCUGCACAACCUUACACCUGACCCUACCAGAUGUCAGUCAGGGCAGGGAGGAGACGGUAUGAGUACUCCAGUGAAAAGCAUUGGUGAUGAGAGGUCUCCUACAAGCAUCACAAUCCCAAGUCCUAUGAAACAAGAAAGAGACUCCCCUUCAGAUAUACAGCAUAUCAAUGAGCCUGUGAAAGAGAAUUUUGAAGAAUCAGCCUGGACAGAGAAAUCGGCUGAGAAAGAGGAGGUGUCAACAGAUAAAACUUCUGACCUUGAGAGAGAUUCAGACACAACUAAAGUUACUAAAAAUCUGGAAAAAUGGUCAGAUGAAGAGAAAUGCCCAGCUCUCUACAGCAAAGUAAAUGAAGAGGUGACCGAAAAAAGCUAUUGCUAUAAGGAGACUGAGUACCAAGAGGUUCAGAGCAAAUAUGAUCCCGAUGCACGAGACUCAGUUGAACAGUCCCCAGCAGCUCUCUCUGACUCCAGCCACAAAGAACACUUUGGCCAAGAGAUGAAAUCAGAGGCAUUUAAAUCUGAGUCUCCAACUGCAUCUGAGAGCUCAGUGAAAACAUUGCCUUUCAUUUCUAGGGGUGACCUUGAACAAGAUCAAUAUUCGACAGAAAAAGAGGACAGCUCAGAGAACACCUCUCCACCCCCCCAAGUUGAGACCUUGGAUGAGAGCAACUCAGACAAGAGAGAGAGCAGAGAUGAGGAGGACGAAGAGGAGGGGGAGGAGGAGAGGGACAGACAGGAGGAGGCAGAUGAAGAGGAAGAAAUACAGAAACAACAACAUUCUCUCUCCCCUCCUCUGUCUGCAGAGGCUGAGGAGGAACUGAGGGAGGGGGAGAAAGUGUCAUCGACUGAGGAGCGCAUGAAUAACAGAGAUGGGCCGGAGAAGCCUCCAGGAGAUCUCUGCAGCAGGACAGAGAGUCAAACUACUGAGCUCCAUACUGACAGCGAGCCUGCAGGGGCGCCUGCUCAUCCGAAUGCAGCAGCAGUAACAGCAGCAGCAGAUGCUUCCGAACGGGAGUCAGCCAUCGGUGACACUGCUCCUCAGCCUCAGUCUGCAAUGCCCGUGUUCUCCGCUCUCAAUGACAAGACGACACCUCCAUCUCAGUCCAGGGAUCAUAUCGAUCACAGUGAUGCUAAAGUGCUGGAGCCAGACUCUCCUCAGCUACCAGGGAAGUCGAUACUUCCUUCAGCUCCUUCCUGGGCAGACACUCCACCCUCGCCCAAAAAAGGCGACGAGGACAUGGAGCCUGGCAUCAGCUGCGCCAGUGCUGUGACCCCUUUGGCCAAGCCAGAACCUGUGGCCCCAUCUGCUCAGCCUAGGGCAUUUGGACGUAAGCAUGCCAGGGGCAGAAGAAGAAUCAUGCAUUCAGGUGUUGGAAUCAGGCGACAGCUAAGUUUGGAGAGGGAGGGGGAAAAGGAAGAGGAAGGAGCCCCGUCGCCUACUCAGAAACCCUGCAUGCCUCCAAGCAAAACUGUGCUAUUCUCAGAUCAAACGGAACUAGCUCAUCAGGAAUCUAUUGUGAGCCAGACUCCCAAAAUGCUAACUGAUGGUUUUCGUUCCAGAAUGUGCACUCGCUCAUUCAACGCACCAGACCUGCCACCCAAAGUGGAGCCUCAUGUGAAGAGAAAACCAGGUCCAAAACCAGGACCAAAGCCUGGGCUCAAACCAGGGCCAAAACCUGGACCAAAACCAGGUCCGAAACCAGGAGCAAAGCCGGGUCCAAAACCAGGGCCUAAGCCUGGCCUAAAGCCUGGACCAAAGCCUGGGCCAAAACCUGGAUCAAAGCCAGGACCAAAACCAGGUCCAAAACCUGUGCCAAAUGAACCAGAGCUGCCCCUGAAAAUUGAGACUCUUGUGAAACGAAAACCGGGACCCAAACCAGGCUCAAAGCCUGGGCCAAAACCUGGUCCAAAACCUGGAUCCAAACCUGGACCAAAGCCUGGUCCAAAACCAGCUCUAAAACCAGGUCCCAAACCAGGACCUAAGCCUGGGCCCAAGCCUGCAGACGUUUUGCCCCCCGAAGAACCUGCACCCAUCAAGGCCUCAGUGGGUCGCCCCAAAGGCUCAGUUUCUAAAGCAAAGCUGGUACAACAAGAAGAAACCAUUCAAGCUUUGACAGGACCUCAAAUCAGGGGCAGGAAGAGCCCAAAAGCCACAAUAUCGCAAGUGAACCAGGAUGUAAAAGCAGUAAACCAGGAAGAAAAACAAGCAAACCAUGAGGUUAAGGCACCAGAGAAGGAGAGUAAAAACAUGGUGUUAAGAUCCAGAAAGCCCUCACAAGAAAAACUGUCAAAAGAAAAAGAAAAAAUUACAGUGGAAUAUAUUAUACCCCAGACGCUAACAGAAAUUAAAGACACUGAUGAUUCUCAAAAAGUAGAGGGGCCUUUUGCUGUGGAACAAACUCAAAGUCCCAUUCCCAAAGCAGUCAAAAACACAGAUGUUCCCACAGAGCCACCUGCACCACCGGCCCCACCAGUCCCAACUGAGGAAAAGAUAUCACUUCCAUUAAAACGGAAAGCGAGUCCAGAGCCUCCUACGACACCAGUAAAGAAAAAGAGGGGUCCAAAACCCAAACCAAAAGCCUUACCACCUCAACCUCCUCUGCUGGAACAGGUUGUCUCUACAGCUAAAGAGAAGAGUGUCCGGGGCCCCAAAAGAAAGCGGGGGCCACCCAAGAAAGCCUCUGUGGUCACUUCCCUACCCAAAGACACUCCUUCUAACAUCAGUGAACUAACUGACAUGACUAGUGAUGUGCCUGUGGUGCCUCCUCAAUGCCCCACUAAAACAAAAGUUCUCCCACCACGCAAAGGAAGAGGACAGAAAUAUGAGGCCAUGGUGCAGAAAAUUACAUCUCCUAGCUCAAAAAAACACCUCCCGAUACCUCAGAUAGACAGCAAUCUAACUGAUGAUGUGACAGCCAAGGCUUUGCCUCAACAUGUCUUAAAGGAAGGUGAGCCAUCUAUUCUAAUAAAUAGCACUGAGAUGAUAGAGGAAGAAGUGAAAAGUAUAGAGUCUACACAAGAAGGAGCAGUGAAAAAAAAGGAGAUGGCACAAGAAAGAGAAAAGAAUGAGGUGAGUCAAGUGGCAUCAUCACCAGAAGAGAUGAAACAUGUGAUGGAAGAAGAGGAUGUAAAUAAGGAGGAGACAAGACAAGAAAAAAAUAAACCAGGGGCACAGCAGGAUGUCAAAGCUGACAAGGUUCGGAGCUCAACAGAGACCCCAGUAGAAGCUCCUGAAGAGGGGAAAAAAGAGGAUUCCGAAGAUGUAUCUUCUGCUACCACGAAGUCUGCCAGAACUAAAAGGAAGAGAUGGGCCAUGGUGGAGAGCACAGACGCUUCUGUAGUUGCCUUGGAAGCAGGAAGCUUAAUAGUUACAACACCAAGACUAGCCAAGCAGAGGGCCAUUAAAAACAACCAUGAGAUGCACCUAAAACAGAGAAGAAAGAAGAGAAAAGGCCAAGUCCCUCUAGAAGUAAUAGAGACAGUCGAGGAGACAAAUAUUGAAACAACACAACAACAACAACAACAAGAGAAGGUAACCCCAACAGAGUCCACAGUACCUCUGCCAAUCAGCCCAGAUGAGAUCACAGAGCCCCCCCAGGUUCCCAGCACAGAACUCAUUCAGAAACCUCGGAGAGGCAGGAAACCAUCUGCAAAUCCAACCAAGAGGAAACAAGGCAAACCCUCAUCAGAGCAGAUUCCUGGCAAGCCAAUGAAGGUCCACAAAAAGCCUGGGCCAAAACCUGGGAUGAAAGAUGCCAUGGAGGUUAUUGAGGCUGUAGUAAGGGCUGCAGGAUGUGAACGAGAUGAAAAAGAGGAGAGAGAAAAGGAGGACAUGGAGAGAAGGGAAAGAGAAAAGAAAGAAAACCCAGACACAUGUAUCGUGGGUCCUGUAGUAACUGUAUCAGAAAAACGAACUGAGAUCAUUUCUGUGAAAAGAAUCAGGCGCAAACCAGUCCAUCAAAAUUCAAAAUUGUCUUUUUGUCCAUAUGUACGCAUUAACAACUCCAGAGACUUUUCCUCUUGGUGUGCCAUAGUCAACAAGCCCGAGGAUGCAGUAAUAUUUCAGAGACGUAGAAAAAAGGGCAUACUCAGAAUGAGGAAUCCUUUCACAGUUGCAAAGGUAGUGCCGUACACUGCUGCCAUGCUACAAGGACCUUUGGUAAACAGAAUUCUAACUGACAGGUGUCUUACAUGCUGCCUGUGUGGGAAGCCAGCAAAUUACAGAGACCUGGGCGAUUUGUGCGGACCCUACUACACAGAGGAUGGCGUUCCGCGGAAAAUUCUGACGAUCGGGCAGACACAAUCCCUCAGGGAAGAGUCGCAGAAAAUCAAUGAAAACAAAAGUAGUGAAGAACCAAGCGACUCCUCAAAGAACGAGGGCGAGGGCAGCACAGACACGUCCACUCAAGAGGGCAGCAGUAGCCGAUACCAUCAUUGGCGCCACCGGCGGGCAGAGAGAACAGAGAGAAUGGGUCAAGAGGGUGGUCCAAGAAGGUUAACUCUCCGAGAGAGGUUCAGGAGGAUGAAGCAGCUCCAGGCCAUCAGCUCAGGGGCCUCAAGUAACCAAGAGGGGGGUGACAGUAUGUUCCAAAGGCUACAGUGGGAGGCAGAGGCUAAGGAGCACUGGGCCCAUGAAAACUGUGCCAUCUGGACCAAGGGGGUAAUUAUGGUAGCUGGGAGGCUAUACGGACUGAGGGAGGCUGCCAACAACUCAGCCAAAACGAGCUGCUACAAGUGCCAGAUUGUGGGGGCGUCCCUCAGCUGCUGUUGGAGAGGCUGCUCUCAUAAAUACCACUAUGUCUGCGCCAAAGAGAUAGGCUGCACAUUCCACGAGGAUGACUUUUCCAUCAAAUGUCCUAAACAUGAGGACCUGUAAGAUAUUCCAGUUCAUCACCUCCACCACCAACACCACCUCUCAGCCAGGCAAGCACCACCAAUCCAGCA